AUUCCCCUUUAUGGAACAUUUCAAUACGUUUAGAACCAGGAAAUCUGGAUUGAAGCUUCAGUUGCAUAAUAAGAGAAAGGAAACCAUUAAGGCUUUUUAUGGCUCUGCUCAUUGGUUGGUACUUUUGGUGGCUUCAUUUGAAAGGAUGCAAUAAAAGUGAGGUGUUUGGGGUUGCUGCAACGAGUCUCAGCCCUGAGGAGGCAUUAGGAUGGGUCAUAUUGCCGAGCCUGCCGGCCCUGUACUGAUUGGCUGCAAAGUGCUGCCGAUCUUCAAUGAGCAUGGCAUAGUUGAGGGUGCAAUGAAGAAGAUGGUGCACAGGAUCGACGGCAAGAAGGCAGUUGCACGGGUGAAGGAGCUUGUGAAGCUGGCUGCUCAGGCCAGACCUCACGGCGCCACUGUUAGUGGCAAGAAAUGGAAGAAGGUUCUGAGCUUCUACGGAAGGGAUGGCGCUGCAGCCGGAACAGCUGCAAAGGGAGGGCGCCAGCAGAAACAGAAGCACGAGGAGGCGAGUGAUGAGAUGAGCUGCAGCUCGAGCAAGCUGAGCUUCAAGUGGGACGUGGGCAGCUGCUCGUCAGCGUCGGUUGCAUAUUCACCGUUGUCGUUGAUGUCGGCGCCGGCAAAGGUGUCAGAGCAGACGCCAUCGAGGAAGGACUACUACUACAUGUCGAGGUUGUCAUCCAUGAGCCAGCAGAGUAUGCUGUGCAGCGGUGGCGGCGGCGGCAGUCCAAAUAGCAUGAAGAACAUGGAAGGAGAGGAGGGCAGCUGCAGGAUGGGACAGUGGAUCACCACGGAUUCAGAUUUUGUGGUGUUAGAGCUGUAAUGGCAUAAUCUCAUUAAUGUUGAUCCAUCAAGGAAGAUGUGAGUAGAGGCGACGAUGGUUGGCUCAGCAACAGCAAGCGCCUCUCUUUCUCAGUUUCUCGUGAAGAAGAUGGAUUGGGUGGAUUCAACGGCUAGCUGCCGGGCAGCCCAGUGCUCAAGUUUUUGUUUCGCUGCCCCAUUCAUUUUCCAUCUAUUGAUAGGGCCGGGGGAUUUGAUUGAGUGAACAUGCAACAGCAACGCAAAAUUGUGACGUACGGAUAAUACUAUAUAUGUUGUUGCCUUGCUAGCUAGCUCUUUCCAUGGAUGAAACCGAGAUUGGGAUGGUGGUUGGUGUGUGUAGGGAUGCAUUGUAUGGUGGUUGGUUCAUGACACAUGACUGUUUGUUAACAGACUCAUAUUGAAUACAUUCACUAUUAGAAAA